GCAGCAAAUUCUUAACAAUCCUACCAGUCUGUGUCGCGGUGUAUCAUAGAACCAACGUUGUGUGGACCCCGGCAUACUCACCGCGUAUUGGACCUAACACGCCGAUGAGGUGCGGAUGAGUCGGUGACCGGUGCGUGCGUGUGCGUGAGACAAGAUGGUGCACUCCAGAAGCACCUCGGCCGAGAAGCUGAAGACCCCCGAGGAGGUUCCCUUGCAAGGGGUAGCCUCCGGGGCUGCGGAAGACGAUGGAGUCUGCCUCAAGGCCAAGAUGACCUUGACCAACGGUAUUACUGUGAUCGUCGGUAGUAUCAUCGGCUCCGGUAUCUUCGUCAGCCCCACUGGAGUACUCAAGUACACAGGGUCUGUAAAUGUGUCUCUCAUAGUGUGGACCAUCUCUGGACUCUUCUCCAUGGUUGGGGCCUACUGCUACGCCGAGUUGGGCUGCAUGAUCUCCAAGAGUGGUGCGGACUACGCCUACAUCAUGGAGACGUUCGGGCCCUUCAUGGCGUUCAUGAGACUCUGGAUUGAGUGCAUGAUCGUCCGUCCGUGCUCGCUAGCCAUAGUAGCCCUCACCUUCAGCGUCUACAUCCUCAAGCCUUUCUUCCCAGAAUGCAACCCACCGGACGAGAGCGUGAGGAUGUUGGCUGUCUGCUGUAUAAUGGUUCUCACCUUCAUCAAUUGUUGGGAUGUCAAAUGGGCCACCAGGGUGCAGGAUACAUUCACCUACGCCAAACUGUUCGCCCUCUUCGCCAUCAUCGUAGCCGGUGCUUACAUGCUGUUUACUGGUCAUACUCAACAUUUUACUUACGACAACUCAAAAACAGAGGUAACAUCGAUAGCUUUGUCGUUUUACUCGGGACUGUUUGCAUAUAACGGAUGGAACUAUUUGAACUUCAUCAUUGAGGAGCUGAAAGAUCCCAUCAAGAACCUGCCCAGAGCCAUCGCUAUCUCCUGUACUCUGGUGACAGUGGUGUACGUCGCCACCAACGUAGCUUUCUACACGACACUGAGCCCUGAGGAGGUGCUGGGUUCGGAGGCCGUAGCUGUGUCCUUCGCUAACCGAGUGUUUGGAUUCAUGGCAUGGACGAUUCCCGUGUUUGUAGCCAUGUCUACUUUUGGUGCUGUCAAUGGAGUCCUCCUUACCUCAUCUAGGUUGUUCUACGCAGGUGCUUGUGAAGGACAGAUGCCGGAAAUUCUCACUAUGAUUCAAAUUUCCCGCCUUACUCCCACCCCAGCCGUACUAGUAAUGGCAGUGCUUUCAAUGAUGUAUCUAACAGUCUCCGACAUCUUUGCUCUUAUCAACUACGUUGGUUUUGCUACAUGGUUAAGUAUCGGAGUGUCCGUUCUGUGUUUGCCAGUCCUAAGAUGGACUCAGCCUAAUCUGGCUCGACCAAUCAAAGUGAACCUCUUCUGGCCUAUCCUGUACAUUGUGUGCAGCUUGUUCGUAACCAUCGUGCCUAUGAUCGCCAGCCCUGUAGAAACUGGUAUUGGUUGUUUAAUGAUUUUCUCGAGCGUACCUGUCUACUUGGUAUUCAUUGCGUGGAAGAAUAAGCCAAUGUUCUUCCAGAAAUUUGUUGGAGCGCUAACCAGACUUCUACAAAAGUCGAUGAUGGUUGUCGGCAAGCAAGCACCGGCCAAAGUGUAAAAGUCUUCCAGCCCAUCGUUGUCUCCUCCUAGAGAGUAUUAUUUUUCAUAUCAAUACAAUACGUAGGAAUUUUCAUUCUCUAUAGAUUUUGUUAAACUUUCAACAUGAUUUGAAUGAUUGUAAUCUAGUUCCUGUAUUGUAUUUGUUUUCGAUGUCAUGAAGUAAUAAUUUUUAAUGAUAUUUCGAGGAUGACAAUAACUAGACUUGUAGGAAGUUGUUGUAGAAUAUAUUCGUAAGGUUGGUAAUGUCUGUUAACGAAAUACCUCUGAACAUUCCAACAGCAUGAGGCUUUUUGUCAAUGUGAUGCAAAGCGAUGUACAAUAUUGGCUAAUGCUUUGUCGAUUGUUGAUUAAUUCGUUGUGUAUAUAGCAGUGUAACAUUUAUUUCAAAGCAAUGGCUAUAACGUAUUUAAUAAUUGUUUUAUUUUGUUUAAUGUUUACCAACCGAGUUGAAUUUUUUUAUUGUUUUAGUAUUGUAAAAUCUGAAAUGUACAGUUGUUUUAAAAUUGUAUGGUUACCAAUUGAGAUAUUAUGUUUUUUAUUAAAUUUAAGGAUACAUAUUCUACUUCAGAUAGGAAUUUCAAUUCUACAAGAGUUUUAAAACUGUCUACCACAAAUAAAUCGGCAUAAAGUUCCAACAUUUAGGAAUGAUAAGAAAAAUUCCUUGCUGGACCAUUGGUUGUUAAGUUUUUGGUUACUAAACUUACAUUCAACCAGAAAAUCAGAUGGUGGUUUAAGCGUGGGUUCUGUGAUUUAACCUCAGAAAAAGUGCUUAAAUGAAAGAACAGGCCUAACUUUUUAAUAUUUUCCUUAUAACAAUAUUUUUCAGCAAUGACAAUGUAAAAUAUAAUGUUGAGUGAUACAUAAGCAACAAAUGACAAUAUUUGUGGGAAUCAACUUAGGAAAUAUUGCUUCAGCCAAAACUUUCUGAAUAUUAACUUCUGUAUGGUCUAAUAUUGUAUAAAUCAUAUUGAAAAAGUAAAAAAAAGUUAUAAUAAUACAACAUAUAAUAAUAAUAAACUUUCAUCCAAUAUUAUAAAUGUGUGAGAAGUGUUAGGUGGUAUGAACUAUUUUAAAUAAUGGUUUACCCAAACUCUUGCUCGGAUUUCUUUUUAUACAGCAAAACUUGCUAAUGAGAAUUCAAUCCUACACACUUUGAUAUAACAACAUAAAUAAAUAAGCAUCUGGACCCCUACAGUUAGUUUAACAUCAGCUGUUUGGUAGUUAUCAAGAUUACUU